UGAGCGCAUACAGGUGUAUCAGGUUGGACGCAUAUGAAUUUUCAUGAUGAAAAUUUGUAUCUGUAGUAACAUUUUGUAUGACGUUCGGUGAGAGAAGAGGGGAGACAGUGUCAAGUGUAACCUUGGAUGCGAUAUCUUACGUUUAUUGAAAGAGAACUCGAGUGCCGGUAUUAUCGGGUAUGGUGUUACAGUCGUAGCCGCGCUGUGAAUACGAGCAGUCUUCGUUACAAUUGCUUUGGAAAAAGUGUCUGAAUUUUUCUAGAACCUUAUUUUUCACUGUCAAAUGAUUCUCCACGACAUGUUUAUCAGUGGUGCGUACAUUUCACACUUUAAUAUUUACGUUUAACUACAUAUAAAGUGUAUGUUGCAAAGGUAUUUCGUUUUGUUAUUUUAAAUAACUUGAAUCAAGUUUAACUCAGAUCAGGAUUAUUCUACGGCAAUUAAUGAUAUUUAGAUAGGAUAUUUUUGAGGAUCUAUUGUAGAUUCUUAAAAAUAUUAAACAGUGCUAAAUUUUGUGGAUAAUUCUGUGACAUCUCUGUGCCUUUUUUUCCCCCCUUUUGUCAACAAUCGUCGACGUCAAAAGCGAAAGUGGACUAACUUACGAUAUGGCCUGAUUUUUUGAAGGAGAUCGUUGCUGGCGCCAGAUCAGAUAAGUUAUAAUGACCGAUCAAUCAUCGAUGUUAAGCCAAUAAUCAAUGACCGAAAAUACCAAUUUCCCCGCCGUUUCGUAUAACAUACAAAUAUAUUAUUAUUAAGCAGUUGCCAACUGCUAAUUAUUUAAUGAUUUUGAAAAUUAAAAAUAUGGAAUCAAAAUGGUUUCUUUUUCUUUUUAUUAAAUAUAAAAUAUCGGUUUAUUUAUAUAAAGUUCAUUAAAGCAAUACGAAAACGUUAAUAGAUGUUGAAUAAUCAGCGUGGAAUAAAAAUUUGACGAUUUAAGGCAAUUAAUGUAAAUUUAUCUUCCUUCUGACGUGUUUGUAUAUUCUUGACCUUUUAGAUCACACCAUCGUUUAUCAAUGAUUUUGACAACUACUGUAAUCAGGCUAAUUGUUGCUUUUUUCCAGCAAUCAUUAAUUUGUAACAUCAAUAUAAUUAAAAAAUUGGGAAUUUUUUAUUUUCAAACAAGUAAUCAGAUAUUUCGGUUUUUGAGUUAAAAAUAUUUUAUGGUUGUUUAAUCGAAGCUAUGAAUUUUAUAUAAAAUCGUGAAAAAAAGGAGAUAAUUGGCAGUUUAAAAAAUUGAAUUUUGAUAAACAGGAUCCACAUUGUCCAACAACUCCAAAAAAAAAAGAAAUCUUAAUUUCAACUGAAUUUCGCAAACCUGAAAUAGCAAUACAAUUUUAUAAUAACAUAAUAAUAAGGGGAACAAAGAACAGUUUAGUCUUAAAACGUACGUCAUUACCCAGGAAAACGCGAUAAUACCAUCAACCAUUUAUCUUUGCCCCUUCCUUUAGCCAAUUACUAUUUUACAUCCUUUAUACAUUAAAACAAGCCUAUUUUAAUAUUCACUAUUAACAUUAAUUAAAUUAAAUUUAUCUAAUAGAAAAUUCGCAGAACCCCACAGAAAUGUUGAGUAAUUUACAGAUGAAUUAAAAAAAAUAUUUGAAAGGUAAUUCGUGGGUUAUACAGAUGAUUUUAUUUAAAUUUCAUCUUUUGAAAAUGUAAAAACUGCUAGAGUCUGAUAGACUGUACCGUCACCACUUAUGGGUUAAGUGUGAACAGUCGUUAUCUAUGUUUUGUCAGCAUAAUAUCGUUAAUGAACCGGAUUAACACGUUGACCGUCACAGUAGAAGUAGCCAUAUCUAGUCAGACACCUAAUAACAUGGCGUAUUGAAGAUACUAUAAAAAAUAAUUUCUUAAUACAAUCCUUUAGUUAGUUAUAUUAUUAAUGUAUCUCUAUUAUAAAAGGAGUUGCUAAUGCAACGGCAAGAAGGAGGAAAACAACGAAUUUAAAUUCUUGCUAGCUAAACCUGUUUUCUUUCCUACUAGCUAGUUGGCUAACUUUUUUUCGCCCCUAACCCAUUCUCGUACGGUUAGCUUAAGCUGGUGAUCAAGGUGAAGGUGAUCGAUGAGGGCGGAGCGUUUACGCAGAGAGACACGCGGUUUUACAAACACGAACAGCUACUUUUGACGCAACGCGGAUAUACGGCAGUCAGCUGCAUCGCAUGAUCCAGGACACGCGAUGAGGUUGCACUGUCAAUGAUUCGAAUACCGAAUGAUUUUAAUUAAGCUUUACUGUCAAAUACCGUUGAAUACUGUCGACUACGGUUAAAUACCGUCGAAUACCAUCGGAAAGUACGUACAGAGAAAUAUGUUACAGGAACAGCUCUGGUUUAGUACAGCGACUCCUCUCGUCGGGAAAGAUCGGUCAAUGAACCGUUUCCAAUAUGUACCUACUCCUCGAACAAUACACGUUGCAAUAUAAGAUGCAGGAAUUAAAAAAUUAGUGUAUUGUUGUUACAUUGAUUACUGCGGGGAUAGGGGAGCAUCAAUGAUCGGUAUUAUUAUUGUAAAGGUAAUAAAUCUCAUAUGUAUACUGCUUAGGAACAACCAGAACUUAUUAUUUAUUCUCCGGAAUGAUUAAGGAAAAAUAGGCAAUAAAGAAAAAAAAAAAAAAUGAUUGAAAUUGCAGUUAUGUAAGAAACACUAAAUGUUGUUUCGUUUAAUGAUUCUCGUAAUUUUAUGUAUCUUUAUAUCUAAAGGAGCUUGUUCAUUGUGUUACGAAAUAAAUUACAGUCACUUAUGAAAGUCAUCGUACAUCUUAUAAAAGAGCCAUUUUGUUCGACAAAAUAUUGAUGUAGUCAGUGAUGUCAAGAAAUAAAAAUGUACGAACACUUUUUUGAGAUGUAUCUACAGUACCCAGAAUGAUAGGCUUUUUCAGGAAAAAUGGCGAUACAGGGGAAAGAGUCAUGCUACCCACCAUAAUACUUAAGAGGUACCAGCCGUUAUGAACUUUUGUUUUUCAUUUGAAAGUCGAAUAUCCCAUUAGAUGAGUAAUGAACUUUACUCGCGUUAACAUUUAAUAUGUUUAGGGGGAAAAGUACGUGGGUGUGAAUUAAGCUUAAAAAACAUCCAGUGGGAGUUUCAAAACAAAAAAAAGGAUGUAGGAACGGUGUCUCUAGAGAUUCUGUGUACGAAAUACGUACACACGUAAAAGUCUCGUAUCAUAAAUUUAAUUCUUUGCGUCAUAAACGCGUCUCCUCCGGCGAUGGCGUCAUUCGAUGAGAACAUUUUGAACGAACCAACUUUAUUUCUUUCUUUGAUUUGAAAAAUUUAUGUCUGAUCAAAAAUGUCUUUCUAAAGAUUGUCAGCACUUAGCGAAACAUUCGUAGCUAUUGGGCAAUGUGAAUUCCAUUUAUCAACGAUGUUUAACAAUUUAAAGUUAAUCUUUAAAUUGUCUUUUCGAAGAUCAAGAUUCGAUCCUGGGGUGAGAUAAUAGAUUUUUAAAGGACAGGAUAAAGCAAGUUUGUCAGAUAUUCAAAAUUGUACGACAGAGUGGUUAAUUUUAGCGAUGUUUCGAUCACUGUCCUGGUCCACUUCACCCCCUAUUACGAAGGAUAUUAACCCUUACUCGGUAAACGUGGGUCAAUUUUGUCUAGGUUAGUUCCAAAGGUAUUGAUUUCUCGGAAACUAAUAAGUAACAGGCUUUUGUUUAUCCUCCUAGAAAAAGCUGGUUAGUGGAAUCUAACAACACAAGGUUUACGUUCUAUGUUAAUUGCCUGUUGAAAUUUAUAGAGGACAUAAUGGAUUCACGUUUGCAAUUCGAAGAGGAUCAAUAAUGAAAAAGUUGCUAAAAUGAAAAAUAGCAAUUUUUAUUAGAUUAUUGUACUAUCAUCAUAAAUAGAAAUUAGACAUCAAUACUGUACAUGUUACAUAUCAAUCUAAUUUAGCACUGUUAACAAAAGGAAUUAUUUACAAAAUGUACAUAUACUUAGAUAAUCAAUCAUCAUCGAUUACUAAAUUUGCGAAGAAAGCGAAGAAUUUUGAAUUUAGUGAAAACGCGCGUGAAUUCCAUUUCAAAAAGAACCGCUUAAAAAUUGGAAGCGCUGCGCAGUAUGGAAAUUCAAUGGUUCCGACGUAUUUUCGGAAAAGAGUCUUUCAAUUAUUUCAACGAGGUGUUCGAUGUAUUUACGUGCGAUUUCGGAUCCGGAUUUAGUUGUACGCGAUUUUUCCGCUGCUGUCCGCAACGAGGUAGAGGGCAAAAGAGAGAGAGAGAGAGAGAGGAAGAGAAGCGUGGUGGAACGCGAUAAUUCCAAGCAAACUCACGACUAGUCAUUGAUCGGCCGCGAGACGCCGAGCGCCGCGACGCCCUCUCCUUUUCUUAACCCCAGCGUCCCCACCUGUCCUGUUCACAACCGUGUCAGACAUUUAAGCGUCACGUCGGAAACGCGCCUCCCUCUUUCUCUCGCUCUCUCCUUCUCCCCGCUUUGUUCUUCUCUUCUUCGCUCUUUUUCGUGGCUCGUUCAUCGACUCCGGGCAUCUCCGCGACGAAUUCGAGCUGAUCAGCGACACGGUUCUCCGCUCUACGUCGACGCUUUGACGGUUUCGACUGAUUUUUCCAGAGGGGAAAGUGCCGCGUUGGUCGGACAGUUGUUUCACACGAGAUUCACGGUUCGGCCAGGUGAGUGAGAAUUGAGGCAACCGACCAGUCCCAUACAGUGCUUACGGAGCAAAAUGUGUCGUCGUGAUCCGUUGCAACGCGUGAAGAAAAAAGUGGACGACGAAGCUUGAUCGUUCGGAGGGAUCUGCUUUGCCACAAUGGUGGAAUCAGUAUGGGCGAGGAUCUCGUUAACGUGGUUGCUCCCCGUUGCUCAUUGAAUCGCUUUGUCUGAAUGAGGGAGGCGGUGAACGACCGUUUCUAGGUCGGACCACAGAUCCAUGGGUGCUUAAUUGAUCGUUGUUUCCGAGGGAUUGCGUGACAACAAGGACGAGGAAAAGUGGGACGUUGAGGUAGAUUUUUCCAAUAGGGACCGCAACGAUUUUCGAGCUCAAAACUGUUCCCAAGGAAAUUCGGGUCGAACGUGUUGUCGAUCGGUCUGGUCCGAAUUGGGUCAGUAGGAUAGCACGGCAACAGCAACGGCCAGCUUUUUCGCGCAGAGGACAGGAGCGCGAUCUAACUUUCGUGAACGUUCAACGAACAGAUUCGAUCGACAUGUUUUGUUUCCAAACUCCCUUCACACGCGCUUCUCGCGUGCUCGUGUCACCUCUGUCUUCUAGCAAGGGGAAAACCACCUCCAUGAGUAUGAUCCUGCCGAUGAGUAAGUCGUCCUCCGGUUCCAAGUGCGACAGACGUGGUUCCGAGGCGACCAGCGAAGAUUCUGGCUCGUCCAUCAGGUACAUCGAUCAGGAGCCCUCGAUAUCAGCGAGCAGCAGCACGGACACGUUACCCGACAUCAAAGCGGACUACUUGGACCCAGAGUCUCUGUCCCCGGGGCCAGAUUCCUUAACUGCGCCUGCCGCGAUCGUCCCCAACGGCGUAGACGAGGAGAAGCUGUUGGAGGAGGAUAAGGAUGAAAAUUGUCGAUCGUCAUCCCCCGCGAAAGCUUCUCCCAAGAAGAGGUUCUACAGCAACAGGCGCUGCAGGAAGCUGCUCCUGCGACUCAGGUCAAACGAGUCUUCCAGUUCCAGUAACAAAGAAGCCUGUUCAGCCGCGUCUCACUCUCCAGCGAGUGACUCAAUCGAAACUGAGUCCCCUGAGUCUUCCAGGGAUCGCGAGAACGAGUAUAAGACAGACGACGCGAACCACCUAACGAAAUCUUCCCCGUCGGUGCUGAUCGACUCCGUGGAACCUGAGGAGGCUCUGAAGAGCUGCAGAGCCACCUCCGAGAACGAUAUAUCCUCGUUACAGAACACCUUCAGCGAGUCGGAGAAGGAGAAUAUUUAUCAAGAAACGGAAACAGAGACGGAGGAGGGAUCGUCGUUGCCGUUGAGCCCGGCGGGUCCAUCGGCCACCGGUUUGUCUUCUUCAACCGUACCCUACUACAACUUCCUAUGUGUGAACGGCGGAGCAAUGCGUCAAGAGAUGACCAGCACAAGUUCUCCGCAACUCUCUUCGGGCAGCAACCUCAGAUCCAGCACGGAAUCCACUCCCGCCGAUGUGUGCAGCUCCGAAAAGAGCUCUCGGAUGGAUACCCUAAAGCCAGAGGGUUUAGAGAGCCAGUUUUCCUUACCAGCCGCCAGAUCCUGUCCGAAUCUCGAACGACAAAGCGCUGGUUGUUCACCAAUCAGUGGUUCUUCCAGUUCUAGUCUUAGUCCCGGACCUGUUGGGCCUAGGUUCAAACCAGUAGAAGAGGGUGACAUCCAGGUGUGCUUUUUGAAUCACACAAAGACUCUGGUCAGGAAGAUUCUGUCCAGCAAGUUCUUGAGGAGAUGGGAAACUCAUCAUCUUUAUUUAAACGACACCUGCAUCUCUUCUAAAACGCCUACAGGAUUCCUUCAGCAACCAAUACCGUACAGCAACAUGUCGGACAUUCGGAAGUACGCUGUUGCUAGAUGGGAUCCUACUUACAAGAACUGUCUUAGUAUAGUUCUGUCAGACAGCUCGAUUCUUCUUCAAGCCAAUAAUGCUUACACGAGGGACCAAUGGUAUCAUUCGAUACUGUGGAAGAGGAGUAUCUUCAAGUACCAGCACCUAGUAUCGUUGAGCACGCGUGAAGAGGUGAUCAUCAAAGAGCUAAAGUCAAUGGUGGAUUUCGCGCUUUGGACUUCGCUUCAGGAUGAAAGAGUUACUGCAGCGCCACUGGAAGCUGUGGCGAAACUUCUGGAAGAUUCCGUGACGGAGGAUUCGGAGCGGAAGUUGGAAAAGUCAGGCGAGGAGAUAACCCGAUAUCAAAACGACCGGAAACAGUGGGCAGAGGCGGUUCUCUCUGUAGUCUCUCCUUUGUUAGACAAAGUUGCCCUUCCAGCAUGUCUCGCAAAGGUUCUCGCGAAAUUGGCCCAACAUCAUCCCCAAUCGCCCUUAGUCUCCGCUAUUAGCCCAGCUAUCACGAGAUGCCUGAAGCAUACCGUGGACUUUGGAAAAUCUCCGGAUAUGAGAAGGUUGCUUCAGGUGUUCAUAGCUGCUCUCUACGCGGGUGUAGGAGGUGAACAAGUGAUCAGGGAGUACGUCGCUUCCGUUCACGGGCCCGGAAGUGACUGUCCUCAUCCAAGGGUACUUCCAAAUUUGGUGUCCGUUUGUGUUGCUGCCAUUUUUCAUAGAUUCGAGGUAGCCAAUUGUUCUCUGUCAGAACAAGACAAAUCAACGACUUUGCCUCCGUUGGAUUGUUAUUUGUUGGUGUUAAAUGUCGCAUCAGAGUAUGCCGACUGGAGGCCAGGUUUCGGCGCGCUGCUGCAACCAGUACCAUUUCCGGAGGAAGCUCUGGCUAUAAAAGAGGUCCAACAGUCAAUAUUAAUGUGUGUGAUCAAGCGUUUGGCCAAAGAUUCAAGAUGCAUAGUACAUCGUGUUCUACUUCCGGUGAGAGAACCACGUCCUGGCUGGAUCCAUAUUGCGGCGCCAUCUAGUCCAGCUUGUCCCGAUCAAGGAGAGCUGUUUGGUGAAAUGCUCACAACACUGUUGGCGUGCUGCUGCCGGAGGAAGAGGUUCAUAACCUCGAUAAUGAAACAGGCUCGAGAUGAUUGUAUACUCUUGGCGGUGAGAGGUUGCGAAGCUGCGCAGGAAGCUCUUUGCUUGAUGCUGGAGUGGUAUUUGUUACCGAACGAGGAAGCUCGUUUGCAAAUAGUCAAUGCACUGGAGUCGACGACGUCAGGCAAGAACCGUUAUGCUGCUCUUUGCCAGAGACAGAGGAAUCUACAAGAAUUGCAACAGAAAGGAGGUCCUCGGAAGCUGACGCUACCAGUCCGAGCGACGGACGCUGAUGUGGCGCUUCUGUUAGGUGGAAGAGCUCUCGGCAAUCUUGAAUGUCUCAGCUUAGCCUUCACUUCAGUGACUUCCGCUUGUGCUGAACAGCUAAUCAAAUUACCAGCCUUGAGGUAUCUCAAUUUAUGGGCCACGCAGUUCGGCGAUGCUGGUUUACAAAUGAUCAGCGAACACCUUCAGAAACUGCAAGUGUUGAAUCUCUGCGAAACCCCUGUUUCGGAUAAGGGAAUCUCUACUUUGGUCUCACUGACAAGUUUGAGGAAAUUGAAUCUGAACAGCACGAAACUGUCCGUUCAGACGUUCGAGUCCCUGAAGAAAUGUUUACCAGCAUUGCAGGAGUUUGACGUGAGGUACACGGAGGCAUGGUGACCAGAACUUUCACCGUACAUCAAAUCGGACAAUUCCACUAACUC